CUCUACUCCUCAAUCCUCAGAUGUAGAUACUACUUUCUUAGAAGGCGAUGUUUUUACAAAUUGAUUAGCAAACAUUUUUUCGCCGGCCCUGGCUAUUUUUCUCGACGUCUCAUCUCGGCUGGCUAAACGGACGCUUCGAAAAAUCCAUCGUUUACCAUGAAAAAUGGAUAAUGACGGAAAUAAUUUAGGCAAGAUUGAUACCAGCGUUAUGAAGGAAUGUAGGCACAAAUGGAAUUUGGCCAACGAUGUUGAUUUAUUGAAACGAUUAGAAACAUUUUCACAACAUGUUUUGAACAACACAACGUAUGCUUUGAAUUGUAUGGAUAGUCUUGAGGAAAAUUUGAAUAAAACCUUUCUAAAUGUUAGGACGAUUACAAAUAAUUUCCAUGCCAUUGCCGACAACCAAUUUAUAGAAAAUCGAGUCCAGGAGGAAGAAGAUGCUUUUGUAGAACCAUCCGAUGAAAGUUCUUCAAUGGAAUGGACGACUGAGAGAUCACAUUUGCAACUCAAUUUGCAUCAGUCAUUAAAAAAAUGUGCAGACAUAUUGGAAAAGAAAUUUGAAGCCAUUGACAUACCUGGGAGUGAUUCGGAAGACGACGCAGCUAUUGGCAGACAAAUUAUGUUAAUUCCUCAAAAUGUCUACAAGGAUCGUCCUCUACCUCAUUUAAUUGGCAGUGAGGCCUUUAUGAACGAUGACACAUUAGGUUUGUCCUUACUUAAUCUAGAAGAAGAAAUAGUGAGUGAGUCAGACCAAGAGUUUAACAAUCAGACUGGAAUUUCAAGUAAUUUGGACCAUUCGGAGGAUUACCAUAUGAUUCCUGAAACGAACAAAAUUUUGUCCAACUACAGUCCUCAGGUUUUAUCGAGUGAUUACUCUGGUUAUAAAUUUGGUCAAAAUGAAUUCAAAGAAGAUGUAGGAAAUAGUGAGAUUUCAAAGUUUAUAAAUCUAGGUGUUCCUGAUAUCAACGACUUCAAAGCUGAUCUCUCACGGGUUUUGAGCAUGGGAAGAACUCCAAACCUUCAUCUCAAAAAACCUGAAAAGAAAAGUCCAUCUCCACCGGAGGAUCUCUUUUCUUGUCUAGAUAAUGAUUCUAAUCAUAGCAUGGAUGUUGAUGUUGAGGGCUCUAGUGAUUUGAUUUUUAAUAGUCCGUCAGAACCCAAACCAAGGACUUCUGUUAUCGAUAAUAAUAAGCACCUUUCCAUAGAAGAAGUGACUACAAAUUCUCAAGGUUGCAGUGAUCUGCCUUGUGUGACUACAAAAGUUCUACAUAGCUUGGCAAAGGGCAGGGCGAAAAUUCAAUCCAAAAGAAGACUUCCUUCAAGACGACACCGAAAAGAAGGGUUUUCUUCGUCAGGAGCAGCAUCUACCUAUGAAAGUGAUCAUGCUAACAGUAGACCCACUACUUCAUCGAGUGUUGUCAUGUCGCCAUCAACAGAUGAAGAGGAUUUGUUUGUAUUACCAGCUUUUGAUUUUCCAAAGGAUAUAUCAUCGAAUAAUUUAUUCUUUGGAAAUACUUUACUGUCACCGGGUGUAUCAAUCGAUGCUGAAAGGUCAGACUUUGAAAGAACGGAUAUUCCUACUUCGAGUAGUAGCUUGCACAACUCGCUGAGUUCUCCGUUAAAUAUAGCACAAGCCAAAGAGGUACAUGACCCUUUGUGGUUACCCACUUCCGAUGAGUUGGUUACAAAGCCAAACAACAAAUUUAGUUGGAACGACAUGGAUUCUUCAGAUAUGGAUGACUUGUUUGCUUCCUCGAGUAAUCAGAAUAAAGACACUAUUUUAAAAACAAGCACAUAUUCCAAAGUCUCUAUUGAACAUGAUAAAGCGAAGGCGAACAAAUUUGGAAAUGAGGAUAAUGAUAUAAAGCCAGCAACUUCAACGGUUGGAACUUUCAGUGUUGAUCAGCAUAACGAAGAUCUUUUUUCAACAAAUAUAAUCGACGACGACGAUGAUGACUUUUUAUCAAACAAUUCUGGAAUUUUUGGUAGCGACUUUAAGAAAUCAGCUAAAGCGAAAACUACUCCUUCUUUAUUUAAAAGUAGUUUUGGUGAUGAUGAUGAAGAUGAUGAUGACAAGCUUUUUUCCAGUGGAUACAGAAAUACUGAAAAUAAUUUUGAUGAUUUGUUCAGUACAAAUUCUUUAAAAAAAGAUAAUAAGAAAACGAAUGACAGUGAAAAUUGGCUUAGUGGAUCAUCAGCGAAUGUUAAAGAUCCACUAUUGUUUUCUGAUGAUUUCCCUUGAAGUUGGCAGUUCAGUCUUUUGGUUAAUCUUUUGGCUUUGUUUAUUCCAAUAAAUUGUGUCGAAGAAUGAAGAAUUCCUCUAAAAUUGCCUGAAUGGCUGAUGCAUCCUGAAAAUACAAUGAUUUUUUCUCUUUUCUUGUUGGCUUCAUUUCAAAGUGUUUCUCAAUUUUUUUUACAUUUGUGUAAGCUCUCUAAAAUAUUGGUAAAUUGGCACAAAUUUUCAGCACAAAAAUAAAUUUGUAAAAACAAAAAAAAAAUGUUUUCGAAUGUUUUGCUAUGAAAUAUAUUACAUUUAAAUUUGAUUAUGUACUUUAUUCAGGGUUGCAAAAGGAAUGUUCAGUUGAUAAGCAUUCCAACAAUUCAUUAAGACUGGGAGAGUGUUCAUAU